AUGUUGUUCUUCCAUUUGAUUAUUUCAUUGCUCUUCCAGGCCGCCUCUCUUGUCUCUGCAGCGGACACGGCGGCAUGGAAAUCUAGGAGCAUCUACUUCGUCCUCACUGACCGUAUUGCUCGAAGCGACAGUGAUACUGGAGGUUCUGCAUGCAGCAACUUGGGGAACUAUUGUGGAGGCACCUUCAAAGGCCUCGAAUCAAAGCUCAACUACAUCAAAGGCGCGGGCUUCGACGCCGUUUGGAUUACUCCCGUUGUUGCAAACAGCGCUGGCGGAUAUCAUGGCUACUGGGCUCAAGAUCUGUAUUCCGUGAACUCGAACCUUGGCAGCGCCGACGACCUCAAGAGCCUUGUCAGCACCGCUCAUUCAAAGGGCAUCUAUAUCAUGGUAGACGUCGUAGCAAACCACAUGGGCCAAGGUGCAAUCUCGGAUAACCGCCCCGAGCCAUUGAACCAGCAGUCUUCGUACCACGCUGCUUGCGACAUCGAUUACUCCAACCAGAGCAGCGUUGAGAACUGCGAGAUCGCCGACCUUCCGGACGUGGACACUCAGGAUCCCACCAUUCGCUCACUGUACCAAACUUGGAUCAAGUGGCUUGUGAACGAAUACUCCUUUGAUGGAGUACGAAUCGAUACGGUAAAGCAUGUCGAAAAAGAAUUCUGGACCCCCUUCUCCGCCGCCGCCGGCGUGUACACCAUCGGCGAGGUUUUUGACGGUAGCCCUUCGUACGUCUCGGGUUAUGCAAACACCAUGCCGGGACUGUUGAACUACCCCGUCUACUAUCCCUUGAACGCCUUCUACCAGCAGACGGGCUCUUCCCAAUCACUGGUCGACAUGAUCAACACGGUCAGCUCGUCCUUCCCGGAUCCCGCUGCUCUAGGUACCUUCAUUGACAACCACGAUAACCCUCGCUGGCUGAACGUGAAGAACGAUCAAACCUUGCUCAAGAACGCCCUCGCCUUCGUGAUUCUCUCCCGCGGUAUCCCAAUCGUAUACUACGGCACUGAACAAGGUUACUCUGGAGGUGCCGAUCCCGCUAACCGCGAGGACCUCUGGCGAUCCAACUUCAACACGCAGGGAGACCUCUACCAAGCCAUCGCAAAGCUCAACAGCGCGCGCAAAGCCGCUGGCGGCCUAGCAGGCGACGAUCACACCCACUUGUACGUCGCAGACCAGGCAUACGCAUGGAGCCGCGCCGACGGCAACCUCAUUGUCCUGACCUCAAACGGCGGAGGCAGCUACAGCGCACAGCACUGCUUCAACACGCAAAAGGCGAACGGAGCAUGGACAAACACCUACGGCGACGGCGCAACCGUUACCGCCGACAGCAACGGCCAAGUCUGCCUCCAAAUCACCAACGGUGAACCCGUUGUCUUGGUCUCGGGCGCCACCUCCACGUCAGUCCCAUCCACCACCUCUCCCUCCGCCACGCUCACGACCCUGCAGACAACCUCGACGGCAUGCCCGACAUCUGUCUCAGUGACGUUCACCGAGAAGGUAACCACAGCGUUUGGCGACACCAUCCGCAUGGCGGGAAACACCACGCAGCUCGGCAACUGGACACCUGCUAGCGGCCCGGCACUCUCAGCCGCGAGCUACACUUCGAGCAAUCCGAUCUGGACGGUGUCGUUGGCGUUGACGCCGGGGUCUACCAUCCAGUAUAAGUUUGCGAAGGUGGCGAGUGGAGGGGCGGUUACGUGGGAGAAGGAUCCGAAUAGGGUGUAUACGGUGCCGAAGUGCCAGGCUAGUGCGGCGGUGAGUAGUUCGUGGCAGUGA